GAAUAUUCGGCCCAUGAAGGCCCAAACCGUGUCCUGAGAGAAUAAAAUGCUGCGUUAAGUUGAGGCAUCGCCAUCAACAUCGUGGAACGUGGAGCUCACAUACUAAACAAGAUCCGAUCUAACCCCGGUUCUCGUCGGAAUCUCUUCACGGUUAACCGGCGUUCCUCAUCCACCUUUUCGUUAUGGAAGACGGCAAGGGAAAGGAGCUUGUUGGUGAUACUCCUCCUCCUGUUGAACAAAAUGAUAACAAGAAGGUUUCAGGUGAAACGGAGAUUCAUAAGGAGCCAUCACGUGAGAGUGAGGAAAAUGCGAUCAAGAAAAAGUAUGGAGGAUUGUUGCCAAAGAAGAUUCCUUUGAUAUCCAAGGACCAUGAGCGCGCGUUUUUUGACUCAGCUGAUUGGGCAUUAGGCAAGCAAAAAGGACAAAAGCCUAAAGGGCCUUUGGAAGCUCUCCGACCAAAACUGCAGCCAACCCCGCACCAGCAACCAAGAGCGAGACGGAUGGCUUUAUCUUCAGGCGACAACACUGAAGACGCUGAGGCUGACACCAACGAACCUAUCGAUGACCAACAAGCUAGCGCAUCAGCUGUUGACAAUGCCAAGGAUGAUGGAGGCAUAGAUGCUGCUGACACCAAAGACAACAUCAAGUCAUGAACAAAACAUAUAUAAAUCUCUUUGAGGAGCAACAUCAGAAGUCAAUUUACUGAAGAAUAAGCGACCAGCUUUACUUUGCAGUGGUUGUAGUAAUAUCGAGUCUCUCUCUCUCUCUCUCUCUCUCUCUCUCUCUUUACAUUAUAUUUCAUACUUGGGUUUCAGCAAAUCUGUAUCACCAUACAAAACCUAGUAGUUGUUUGAAACGUCUAUUUGGACGAUUUGCAAAUGGUUUGCUUUUGAUGAUCCAA